AUGACACAUUGGCCGGGAACAGCACGAGAAUGGUUGAACGCACAGGAGGCUGUGUCCGAGCAAAACAUCAGUAAAGCGAUUUCGAUUCUGUCGGCAGUCGAAAGCAGUAAUUUGAGGAUUAUAAUUGAAUUAGGCAGAUUGCACUACGCAAUUGGCCAACGUCAAAAAGCAGCGAUGCAUUUGCAGAGGGCACACAAUCUGGACAGUGGAUGCUCGUAUUCAAUGGAUAUCCUCGCCUAUAUUCUGGCUCAGGUAUUUUAUUGA